GGGCGUUGGAGGGGCCGGGCCAGGCCGGGGCGGGAAGAGGAGACCCCGGGGCCUCCCCUCCCUCCCUCGGAGCGCCACGGCCGCUCAGGAUGUUCCCCUCCCGGAGGAAGGCGACCCAGCUCCCCUGGGGAGACAGUAGAAAGAGCCUCAAGUGCUGAGGAGAUACAGUAGAAGUGCCAACCUUCCUAGGCAACACUCAGGACCUGCAUAUGCUCCUCCAUAUUGGAGGCCAGUUCAGCAUGACGGCAGGGGGUCUUUCCUGCCUCGGAAGUACAGCGUGUUCCAGCUCUUCUUUGCAUGCCUGUUCCUGGCCUUCCUCUCCUUGCUCUGGCUGCAGCUCAGUUGCUCAGGUGACAUGAGCCAGGCAGGGCAGGGGCAGGGGCAGGGGCAGGAGCUUGUCAGCCCUCCAAAGGCCUGCCCCCUUGAGCCUCCAGUCUCUUUGGAGGAGGAGCCUUCCUGGGGGCCCCACCGCCUGGCAGUGCUGGUGCCAUUCCGUGAGCGCUUCGAGGAGCUCCUGGUCUUUGUGCCCCACAUGCACCACUUCCUGCACAAGAAGAAGAUCCGCCACCACAUCUAUGUGCUCAACCAAGUGGAUCACUUCAGGGAGUGCCCACAGUUUAGCUGCUUACAUGCCCUCCUGUCCCCUGGAAGGUUUAACCGGGCAUCGCUGAUCAAUGUGGGCUUCCUGGAGAGUGGCAACAGCACUGACUACAUAGCCAUGCAUGAUGUGGACCUGCUGCCCCUCAAUGAGGAGCUGAACUACAGCUUUCCUGAGAGAGGGCCCUUCCAUGUGGCCUCCCCAGAGCUGCAUCCCCUCUAUCACUACAAGACCUAUGUGGGUGGCAUUCUGCUUCUCACCAAGCAGCAUUACCAGUCGUGCAACGGGAUGUCCAAUCGCUUCUGGGGCUGGGGCCGGGAAGAUGACGAGUUUUACCGGCGCAUUCAAAGAGCCGGUCUCCAGAUUUUCCGUCCCUCAGGAAUCAAAACUGGUUAUAAAACAUUCCGUCACCUACAUGACCCUGCCUGGCGGAAGAGAGACCAGAAACGCAUUGCAGCUCAAAAGCAGGAACAGUUCAAGUUGGACCGGGAAGGGGGGCUGAACAGCGUGCGGUACCAUAUCGAUUCUCGUACCCUGGUGUCAGUAGCUGGAGCACCCUGCACAGUUCUCAACAUUGCUCUGGAGUGUGAUGCAGCUGACACACCCUGGUGUGCAUUUGACUGAGAGGAACAUGGCUGGCACCAUCUCAGUCGGCUCGGCUGGUGUCUGGCCCCAAGAGAGUGUCCUUACUGCUGGAGGGAGACCUUCAGUGCACGGGGCUGAAGCUGAGGUGCUCAGGACCCAGCACCCAGUUAGAUGUGGCCCAGCUUCAGGCAAUGGGAGGAGAUCUGAGCCACCUAGGCCAAGCUACAUAGCUGUGCUUCUUCUGGAGACCCUGCAGCCUGACGUAAAGGUCCAUAAGUACUCUUGGACCAAACACCAAGUUGUUAUCCCUGCCCUAUGGGCAGUCAAAAGAGACUGGAGAUCGGAAAGAGGCUGGGGUGUGGAAUCUUUGACCCUGGUUCCGUGGGCUGCUUACACCUGGCUGCCCUCCCCAGCAGGAGGCUCCUUCUGCCUUUCGGCCUCUGCCCUUGUGCCCACUACAGGUCGUUGCACAUGAUAGUGGUUAAUAAACAUUUGAGUUUGGGAUUGUCAGCCUCAUUUUCCUAUUAACUCAGCGAUCCUCCUGCUGGGCUGUGCACAGGCUCCCCUUGCCUCCAUCCCACUUUCUGGUUCUGGGAGCCCCUUCAGCCAGACUGAGUGAAAGCACACACUGUGAGGAGAGGAUGGAGGGGACCAGGAUCAGGGUAGCCCCUCAAGUCAACCUGGCCUCCCCUCUUUACCCACUGCGAAACUUCCAAAGACAUCCUGAAGACCAUCGCUGUCCUCUAUCUGGGGGGGAGGGGGAGAGGCAGAUGGAAAGUGCUCCCUCCUCUCUCCCAGGGCUGUCGCCUUGUAGCCUGGAGUUGGUGCCUGGCCUUGGGGAAAUUUCUUAAGAAAGAGGGCAGUUGAUUGGCGGCCCAGCAUCAUAAGAGUGGGGGGCACACACUGCUCAGGCCUCCUCCCUGGGACAACUUGAACUGCUCCUGGAAAGAAAGAAGAAUUGGCAAACCCUUGGCCUGAUAGCUGCAGUCAGAAGACCCUGGCUGGGAGCUCUCCAGGGUCCUAAGAGGGAUGAGAUCAUGACACUCACCAGGGCCCAGCCUACCAACCACAAUGCUUAGGUUCAUUUGAGUGUGAAUCCCAGCCCUUCCCUUUAGUAACUGUUUGAGCCUGAGCAAAUCACUUAACCUCUCUGAGACGCAGCUUUCUCGUCUGUGAAAUGAGAGCAAUAAUAUUUGCUCUGCCUACCUCACCGGGUGUUUGUGGGGGAAAA